AUAGCAAAUAUCCUGUCCUAUUGUUGAGCUCUCCCUCCCUCCUCUUCUUCCUCCUCCCUCCUCCUUUCCUCAGCUAGCUCAGCCACCCAACCAGACCAGUUUGCAAACCUGACGCACAUAUAUAGGCCUAGAAGAUUCAGAUCUCAAGGUACCUAAUAAUUAAGCACCCUCUGAUUCUGCAUUAGUCUGGCUCCCAAUCCACUCUCUCUCUCUCUCUCUCUCUCUCUCUCUCUCUCUCUCUCUCUCUCUCUCUCUCUCUCUCUCUCUCUCUCUCUCUCUCUCUCUCUCUCUCUCGAUCAUCAUCUGUCUCUAUAAGCAAGAGCGCGCUAGCUACUCAAGCACAUACACGAGCUAGAUGGUCCAUUCCUUGCAAUGCAGCAGUGCUCACACGCCCUUGCGGCCUCUCUUCUUCUCCAUCCUCCUCCUCAUCCUCACCUCCUCCAUGGAGGCAGCAUCCUCAGAUGCCAGGAGACUGCCGCUGAGGCUACUCGAGGUCGGCGCCAGCAAGGAUGAGGAGGUAGCAAUCAGGGGCGAGAUGAGAGGGCGGCGGGCUCUGAUCGGGUCGAGGCCGCCGAGGUGCGAGAGGGUGUGCAUGUCCUGCGGCCACUGUGAGGCGGUGCAGGUGCCCAUCGUGCCGCAGGAUCGCCGUCAGAAGAGAGCCGCCGCCGUCGGCGCCGCCAUGUUCAGCUACAGGGUGGACGGCAUCACCAACUACAAGCCGCUCAGCUGGAAAUGCAGGUGUGGAGGCACCAUCCUGGAUCCAUGAGCAAGAACAACUCUUCUCUCUCUCUGCUCAUCCAUUGCUCGCCAUUUCUGUGCAGAAAAUGUAAAAAAACCACUUCUUUCUUUCUUUCCUCCUGUUCAUCCUCUUCUUCUGGUUUGGUUCUUCCACCUCUCCCCCACAUCGAUUGCUCCCUUAAAUUUGUUCCAGUGAGGUUGAAGAUGGGGGGAGAUCGAUUCAGAUUAUUUGGACCUGCAAAUCAAAUCAAAUCAAACUUGUUGUACAGUCCA